UGCUUGAAAACACAGAAACGCAUCGUCUCUACCACCCUCUCUCUCUCUCUCUCUCUCUCUGCGCGUCCGAUUUAUACAGAAUACCGGCCGGUAUACAGCACUCAGCCCGAUAAGUUCCAAUUAGCACUUAGCGAACAGGAACUACUAGAAAUAUUAUCGGUCUCGAACCACACUUACAGUAAUAUGCCAAUCGAGGCAGUUCCUGCGUCACCGUCCGAUAGAGCUGAUCCGCCUGCGGUGGCUCUGCCCACGAUGCUUCCAAUACAGAACCCGAUGAUGAUGUCGGACGACUUCGCCCGUGAUGCGAUUCUCGCGUGGUACUGCGGCGAGUUCGCGGCGGCUAACGCGAUCAUUGACGCGCUGUGCAGCCACCUGGCGCUGCUCGGGGGAGCGCACUCCGAGUACGACGCCGUUUUCUCAGCGAUACAUCGUCGCAGGCUCAACUGGAUCCCCGUUCUCCAGAUGCAGAAGUACCAUUCCAUCGCCGACGUGACGCUGGAGCUACAGCAUGUCGCGGAGAAGAUGAAUAAGGAGGACGCCGAAGCCGAGAGAAAGCAGGGUGCGGAUGUAAAGGUGUCGAAAUUCGAUGAGGAAGAUCGGAAAGGCGAUGAGAAAGAUAAAAUUUACGAGAAAGUGACGGAAAGUGAUGCAAAUGGUGAAGGUGAGGCUGGCGAAGAGCACGAUUCGUCACCGGAUAGUGAUAUCACUGAUUCAGGAUCUCAAGAAGUGCCGCCCACUGCAUUAGACAUUAACAUAUGUGCUAACCAUCGAGACUGCGAGGCACGGCCUGGCCAGAUCAAGUUGACAAAAGGUUUCUCUGCCAAGGAGCCAGUGAAAGGGCACAUGGUGAAUGUUGUGAAAGGGUUGAAGUUAUAUGAAGACAUAUUCACUGAUACAGAGCUCUUUAAGUUGAAUGACUUUGUUAAUGAACUACGGGAAGCUGGACACCAUGGAGAACUCUCGGGUGAGACCUUUAUUCUAUUCAAUAAACAGAUGAAGGGAAACAAGAGAGAACUGAUUCAGUUUGGAAUUCCAAUUUUUGGACAAAUAAAAGAGGAAGCUGGAAGUAACAAUCAAACUAGCACGAUAGAGCCAAUUCCAGCUCUUCUCCAAGGUGUCAUUGAUCACCUUUUGCAGUGGAACCUUAUUCCGGAGUAUAAAAAACCAAAUGCUUGCAUCAUUAACUUCUUUGACGAGGGAGAAUAUACACAGCCAUUCAUGAAACCACCCCAUUUGGACCAACCCAUCUCCACUCUUCUCCUUUCUGAAUCAACAAUGGCUUUUGGACGUACACUUGUGAGUGAUAGCGAAGGGAAUUACAAAGGGCCACUCAUUCUCUCUCUGAAGCAAGGCUCUCUUCUAGUCAUGAGGGGGAACAGCGCCGACAUGGCUAGACAUGUCAUGUGUCCAUCCCCUAACAAAAGGGUAAGCAUCACACUCUUUAGAGUCCGGCUGGAGUCCAACCAAAUCCAGUCCCCAGCAAGUCCUCCCAUGACUCUUUGGCAAUCAGGAGUUCCAAGCCCAUAUGCAGCAACAAAUGGGACUCCCAAUGACCACGAGCCAAUGGACACAAUGCCCGGAUGGGGAGUCGUUCAUUCUCCAGUGGUCAUGUUAGCCCCAGUGCGCCCAAUGGUGUUGAGCUCCCAAGGACUUCAUCAAGGAGGGACUGGAGUUUUCUUGCCCUGGACCAUGGGAUCCCAUAGGAAAAAUGCAAAGCAUCUUCCUCCACGUGCCCAGAAAGGGCGGCCCCUUGCCAUACCUUCUCCUAUCGAAACUCAUGUAGUGGACUCCACUUCCGAAGCAGGAAUCAUUGUUUGAGGAAUACUAAUGAUACACAAGUCUCUGGGAGCCUGGGGUCUUGAGCAAACCAAUGGGAAUCAACAAAGACAGAAUUCCUUAUCGUCCUCUUCUUGUUAAAAAAAGUGAGGGAAAAAGGGAGGGGGGAACGGUUAUUUUAGUGGAAUUCUAUUUCCAUCAGGCUUUACUUGUUGUCGCAAUACUUUUUCUUUGGAAUGCCAAUCAUAUAUAUCAUGGCAAGGUCUUUAGUAGUAAUACAACUUGAAGUUUGAGACAUGUGAAUUAGCUCAAGUAGAGCGGAAUUUUGUAUUAAUCAGUGCUUGUAUUUCCUACUUUUUUUCCCACGAACUAAUCAAAUCACUCCCUGGUUGCAGUUGUUUA